UGAUGACAGGGUGAAGAGCCUGGUAACCUGAGCCUCCAGGGUGACUCCUCCUCUGUGCAGAGCAGCUGAUCACACAUGCCUUGUGCCUCCCCAAGUGCACAGCACAAACACUUAUGUAUAGAACACAACACAGCAGAGCUGAAGAGAACCUGUCCGCAGCUCAUCACCGGAUUUAGCUCCUGACAGCAUGGAUACAUAGCAGAAGAAAUGUCCAGAACAACUGCGCUGUCUUAGGAUACAGCUGGACACUUGUUUAUAGGUGCAACAGGUAGGGUCAUGGCAUUUACCUGCUGGCUGCAUGGCGCUGAACAUCUGUAGACACACUAUAUAUUCUGGGUACUUGCAACUUGUGUUUAACACUCAAGUAUUCCUACAUUGUGGACGCUCUUUCCUACUGGUCCUGGAAUAAGUCAUACCUGUUACUGAAUUACAACUGCCUGUCAGCCUACCUGUUGUAUUAUAAUAACGCGCUGCUUGGCACAUUCGGAGCUUAUCCCCCUAUUCUUUAAAGUAGCUGUCGUAACUGUCUCCUUGUUGAACCAUAUAGCCUACUUGUCCAGUAUCAGUAGCCCCAAUGGAGAAGGAAAAGAAGAGCAAUAGCUUUCGUAGACUGGGAAAGUUCUUUAAGAGCAAAUCCGCAGAUUCCGAGAAAGGAGGUGAUGAGGUCCAGACAAAGGAAGAACUGCCCCGGUCUGGGGAUGAAGCCAUUCUGAAGGAGCCAUCUGCAUCCGAGGAGCUCAUUUCACAUGGGGAUGCAAAUAUGGACACAAAGAAAAAACCAUUCGGUAGCUGGAGGCACAAAAAGAAAAGUCGUAAUACUCUGAGUAUAACCCCUCCUUCCUCUCCCGCCUUUAGUGACAGAUCAUUUAAUACUACAGAUGGGGAUCAACAGUUGCGGUCAUAUUCACUGAUUCUGACCUCCACAGAAGAUCCUCAAACCUACAUUUACAACCAGAAAGAAGACAAUACCAAUUUACAAGAAGAUAUGUCUAGAUCACCAUCUACAGAAUUACCUAAGAAGGACAGCUCAAGGAAACCUGUCUUGGGGAAGAUUGGGAAUUUAUUUAACUCUACUAAAAAGAAGCAGAGCAAGAGUGGCCCUGAGUCUCCCACGAGCCCAGCUAAUGAAAAAACUGUGACUUAUAGAUCUUCAGAAAGGGAAAGAAAAAGAGCUCAAGUAUUAGUAGCCUCCAGCUCCAAAGUACAAAACCAGUCUCCUGUUGCUUCCAGUGUGGAAUGUGCAUCAGGUCAGCAUUCCCCACUUGUAUCCAAAGAGCCUACGUCACCUGUAGGUCAAAGCUUAAAGUUUACAUCUAAUGGAAGCAGUGCUAAUGGACAUAGCAGUGAGAGUAAAAACUCAUCAGUUCAAGAUGACGGAUCAAGCAUAGGAGAAGCCGUAAGUCCUCUUCUUUCCCCUAAUGCACUUUCAGACAGAAGUCCAAAGUCCCCACUGAGGCCAACAUCUAGGGUGGACAGACAAAGCACAGAGAAGAUUGUCCGACAAUUAAUACAGUCACCUGCGAGGAGAAGUUUAACCGAUGAAGAAGGGAAGUCCAGCGUUCGAAGAGUUUCACAAGAAAUUCAUAUUGUUAAAAAUGGAUCUCAUAAAGUAUUGACAAAGAAAACUGCAAAAUUCUCCCCCAGAGUAACAGAUCCAAAAUUCAGAAUAUCUGAAAGAUCUGUUCAAAAAUUGGGAAGCACAGAGAAAUUACAUUUUACUAAAGUAACCUCACCAGUCACAUUAGGUAGUAAUGCCAAAGACCAAGCAUUACUGCCAGUGGAAUUGAACCAACGUCACGGCACAGCAGGUGGCAGUAGCAGUAGCAGUUUAAGUAGAUCAGAAAGUACAGGGGAUGGCUCACCUGUUCUUAGCCCUUUAGAAGGGGAUGUUUUUAUUGAACCUCUAGAAGAAAAGUCAAAAGAACAAAAUUCUAGUGAGAAUGCAAAGGUUUUAGCAUUUGAUAUCUACCUAAGUAAAACAGUUGAAACAGAUUCCCAAUCAUCCAUUAAAAGUUGUAACAACGAGGACACUGUGGAGAAAAGUCCUAAUAUCAGAACAAUGGGCAAAAAGAGGCGUUCACUAAAGUCUCAGAGUAGUCAAGAAGAAAAUAAAGCAGAGAACACUACACUACAAGAUAAUGUGUUUGAAGAUAGUAACUUGGAGGGGGUUAGAGAACACUCAAAUUCUCCUGAUGGAACUGUGUUACCUGAGUCGAACAGCCCAGCCUCAGCCAACCAAGAAUUAAAGGCGGGAGCAAAUAACAAAUUGUCGCCCAAGGGUGAAUCAGACAAAGAUAAACAGCAACACCCAGCCUCCAGCCCUGUGAGGAAAAAAAAUCCUUAUGCUCCUUCUUCACCAACGGAUCGGAAGGCUCUUGGUAGAGAUCCUGUAUGUAAAAGUCAUACUGCUGCAGCCUCUGCCAAGGGAACGGAGUUUAAUCAGUCUGUUCCUGUUUCCACAACAAAAGACGCCUACGUGGAAAAGGCAUCUGUUCCUGUAUCCAUAGCUGGAUGUGGUGGAGAGGACUCGUGUAAUACUGCUGGGGAAGAUAGCACAACUACAGCUGUAGGAGGUGCGGACAGAAAGGCAAAGCAGGCGAGUACCCAGGGAGAACAGAAAUUGCAGUCCCAACCUCCCUAUUCAAAUGCCGCAAAGCUUCACCUUUCUGUAAAUGACAGCUCCAAGUCUACAGUUACAUCAAAGCUCAAUAUCCCCCCAAAACCAAAGAAUGUGGAACUGUCUAUUAAGCCGAAGGUUUCUGAGAAUGUAGAUGAAGGUAUCGUUGAAGCAAUCAUUCCAAAAGGAAAUAUUGCAAGCAAGGUUUCUUUAUUUGAGAGUAAAAGAACAAGCCACAAGCAAAUUGAUUUCUAUGCAACAAAAAAUAUUUCUCAGCAAAAGAAAUAUGUUGAAAGAGCCAAACUUAACUUUGGGAAACAGGUAAAGGGGACUGUGUCAAAAGAGCACAGCUCACCUACUAAACAAGCCAGUAAUUCUAUUUCUGGUUUUGGAAAAAAGAAUGAAAAUGGUCAUUAUGAAAUAAAGGCAGAUAAAAAGAAAGAGGAAAGUAGCAGUAAUAAGGUGGGUUUUAACCCAGGGGAAGGCACUGUUGUGACGCCAACAAGUCAGAUGCAGAUGGAAGACAACAGAAAUGGAUUUGAAUUAGCAGCAUCAGAUAAGCUAUCAGAAGAAAGUAUUUUGCCUUCAGAGAAGAAUGAAAAACACAAGGAACCUCCUACUGAGCAAACCAGUAGUGCAGAUGCUUUAAGUGACAGUAUUAGCACACAACCGGAUGGUUUACAGCUUGAUACAAAGAACGAGGACGCUUUGCCAAAGUCCCCUGGGAAUAUUUUAAAGAAUUUAGAUAAGGAUUUAGCUAAAAUCGAAGGUGGUGUUUCACAAAUAGACCCUCCAGAUAUGGGUAAUAAGCAUAACACCAUAAAAGAACCAACUUCUGCUGCUACUUCGAAAGAAGACACCAAUGAGGAUCUAACUAAAGAGUCUAAAACAUUGCAUUCAGAUGAUGUAGAUUCAUUGUUACCAUCAAUGGUAUCAUCCGAAACCGAUGGAUUGCAGUUAAAUGGCAGUAAACAUAUUCCUGAACUUGAAAGAGAAGCUCAAAUACCAACUUCUGAGAGAAGAGACGCUGGUCAGUCAUCUGAAGCAGUACUGGAUGCAGAGGAAACUCAGCCCAAAGAAGUUUUGAAUGGUGAAGCCAAAGGAGAUGUUCAAAAGGAAAAUACCGGUUCAGAUGAAAACCAUGGGUCAAAAAGCGAUCAACUAAAUAAGGAAAGCACAAAUGGUACCAAGCAACAUUUAACAAAUACAGAGGAGGUGCAAUCCAACAGCGAACAGGUUAAAGAAAUGUCUUUAGUUCAUAAUUCAGAUGUAUUAAGUUCUCUCACUCCCCAGGAAAAGGAAAACCUCUCACCAGCCAAGCCAUUAGUUAUAGAAGCAGUUAUUCCUGCAGGACAGGAACAACCUAUUUCUGAUGAGCAAAAUCAUCUUUUACAAAGCCCAACAAAAGAUGCUAUUGGAAUCCAUGUUGAAGCAGAGAUAAACGGCUCAUAUACUGAAAAUUCUUCUUCAGGUAGUGAAGAUGGUGCAUGCCAGUCCUCAGCAAGUUCCCAUCUGGAAUCUAGUGAGUGCUCUGUUUCCAAUAGUGUUUCACCAAAGUCUUUAUUACAAGGGACUACUGAUAUAUUAACUUCUGUCACUCACCAUAAAAAGGAAAGCUUCUCAAUUGCUGAGUCAUUGGUUUCAGAAGCAGUUAUUCCUGCAGGACAGGAACAACCUAUCUUUGAUCAGCAAAAACCUUUUCUACAAAGCCCAACAAAAGAUUCUAUUGAAACCAAUGGUAAAGCAGAGUUAGAAGGCUUAUCUACUGAGAAUGAAGACUGUGUAAACCAGUCCUUAGCAAGCUCCCAUCUGGAAUCUGAUGAGUGCUCUGAUCCCAAUAAUGUCAAACCCCAGAACACGCUUCCAGAAGAUUCUGACAAAGCUAAAAGUGAGCCAACCAUUUUCCCUGAUGUGGCUGUUUCAUCAGAAUCAAAUCCAGAAAUCUUAGCAGAUGUUGUUUCCAGUCCAGAAACUACCAAGGAGGAUGGACAUGCAUUCAAAACAAAUGAACAACCAGGUGAAUUUAAAAGCACACAAAAUGGUUCAGACACAGAAAUUGAUUUACAACAUGGUGAAAAGGCUGAAAAAGAAAUGUUUAAAAACCAUAAGGACACGGAAGCUCAGCAGGUAAAUUUAGUAAAUGGAGAUUAUAUGAAAGAAACAUUUGUGUCUGCUGAAAUGAAUGACAAGGAUACUCCUAAUGGAAAAGUCGAGGAUUUGAACACUCCAGACCCUAGUGUAGCUCCAAAUGACUGCCUUUUUGACUUUUAUACUAUUAACAAUGGAAGCCUACAACAUUCACUUGCUCAAAAAGAACAUCACACGGACAUGCAAGGUACCCCUGAAACCAGUUUUAAUGACUCUAUAGCAAGUGAGGAACGUACUUUAGAUUCAUCUUCAGACAUGGAAAGAUUUGCGGAAACCAUCAGAAAACUAGAUAGCCCAAUUACAUUACCUCAAAAGAGAAAAAAGCCCAGAGCUGCUAAAUCACCAGGUCCAUAUAGUGGUUUGCCCCCUAUCCACGAGGAUUACUUGGAAAAGAUAUUGGAUAAUGAAUCAUUCUCCUUCGGCUUAGGAAAGAAAGGCAGAGCACUGGAUCUUGCGCCAAUGGCAUUAUUUAAGAUGCAAAGCAAAGAAACUGCAGAAAAGUUAAAACCAAAACGGGCAUCUGCUGAACAAAGUAUGCUUUUGAAAUCUCUGAGAUCAAAAAGGGAACCAGUUUCCAUACCACAGGAAACAUGUGACAAGGAAAAUGCAGAUGUGACUGAUUUCACUGUGAAGAGAUCUCGCAUUGAAUCUAUGUAUUCAGAUUUGAAGUCACCCUUUGCAAAAAGGUCGGAAGAGAAUGUGUUCUCCCCUUCUGUCACAACAGUCAGCACUAUAACUACCUCCUUUGACACACCCCGGAAGGAGUCUACUCCCUCAGGCAAAACCUGUGAUGUUAAAACUACAGACUCUGUAAAGACAGCUCAUAUAUCGUUUAUAGAAGGCAAAGGUGCUUUCACACUGCCGUCUUCAGAAUUCUUGCACAGUGAGUCUGCAAAGCAGUCAGUAUCCAUACCUGUGGACAGUAUGGAGAGCAACCUGGAUAGUACUAACCAUGCAAACGGUGACUUGUCAGUAGAACUGCCUGAUUCUAAUGGCCAACUAGAUGUAAAUCAUUCUACACCAGUACCGAACAGGACAGUGCCCCUAUUUGACAGCAUUUCAACAUUUGACCAACCUGCUUCCACAGAUGUAUUUUUUUUUAAGGGCCAAGAACAAAGCCUUCCAGAUGGCUUAGAGGAAUUGUCCUUGAAAGGUUCAGAGAAAAUAAACCCUAGACCGGGAAAGGUGGUAAUACUUGCAGAGGCUGAAUAUGGAGGGGCUGUGUUUGAAAUCUUUUCAGAUGUCAUUGACUGUACGUCUUGGGAGCUUUCGCCUACUAUUUUUAUUAAAACUAUAAGAGGAUGCUGGAUACUUUAUGAGCUCCCUAAUUAUGAGGGGCGGACCAUAGCACUGGAAGAAGGUGACCUAGAAGUCACUAACCCAUGGGAAGUGGAACCUCAGGAUGAAAAUUCUCCACCACCAGUCAUAAUUGGUUCUUUAAGACAUGUGGUUAAGGAUUAUCGUGUUUGCAGAAUUGAUCUGUUCACGGAUCCAGAUGGUCUUGGAGUUCUAAAUUCCUAUUAUGAUGAUACAGAAGAGGUGCAGGUGUAUGGGAGACUGCAGAGAACCUGUUCCAUCAAAGUGCAUUGUGGAGUGUGGCUUCUUUAUGAGGAAUCUGGGUUUCAGGGAGUACCUUUUAUCAUGGAGCCAGGAGAAUACCCUGAUCUCUCGUUCUUGAACAUCCAGGAAGCAUACAUUGGAUCAACGAGACCUUUGAAAAUGGGAAGCCGCAAGGUUGAAAACCCCUAUGAACCCAAGAUAGUUAUUUUCGAGAAGCCCAUGUUUGAAGGCAGGCAUGUGGAGCUGGACAGGGAAAUAUUGACACUUCAGAAUCUAGAAAUACCAGAAGGAACUGAAGAAGAGCAAGAACUUGCUUUUAACACAAUUGGAUCAGUAAGAAUCCUCAAUGGGUUGUGGGUUGGCUAUGAGAAACCAGGAUAUAAAGGUCACCAGUAUUUGCUUGAAGAAGGCGAUUAUGAGGAAUGGAAGCAUUGGGGUGGUUACAAUAGACUGCUUCAAUCUUUACGCCCCAUUUUAUCUGACUUUUCCACACCACAUAUGGUAAUGUAUAGUGAAAAAAACUUUGACGAGAAGGCAUCAAAUAUAAACGUCUUGGGUAUUAUAUCGAACAUGGAAGAGACAGGUUUUGGAGUGAAGAUACAAUCCAUCAAUGUAUUAAGUGGAGUGUGGGUGGCUUAUGAAUGUCCUGACUUUACUGGAGAGCAAUACAUCCUGGAAAAAGGAAUGUACUCUAACUUUACUGACUGGGGAGCCAAGAACUAUAAGAUUUCAUCAUUGCAGCCAAUAAUUAUGGAAGCCCUUGAAAGUCCAGGACAUUUUAGGGUGGAGCUGUUUUCAGAGUCAGAUUUCAAAGGUGAAAGCCAAUUAUUAGAUGCAGAUUCAAGUAACAUUGAAGAGUCCUUUAAAAUAAAGUCAUGCAAGGUUACUUCUGGCAGGUGGGCAGCAUAUGAUCAGUCUGAUUUCUCAGGAAGUCUAUGGGUACUAGAAGAAGGAAGCUUCCCUAAUUUAUGUGCUAUGGGAUGUCCCCAUGAUACUGUCAUUAGAUCUAUGAAGACUAUAAAUUAUGAGUUUUCUGAUUCCAGUAUAGUUCUUUAUGGAAAAGAGAAUUGCAAAGGAAGAAGAGUAAAACUUAGCAAGGAAGCAACUGAUCUACAAGCAAUAGGCUACUCUCCAGAUUUACAGUCUCUUGAAGUUCUCGGUGGCAUAUGGAUCCUUUAUGAAUAUGAAAAUUACCGAGGUAAACAAUUACUAAUUUCACCAAGCAAGAUUGCGCAGUGGUCAAAAUUCAGUGGAUGGAAUAAAGUUGGAUCUCUGCGACCACUUCGCCAGAAACGACUAUACUUCAAGGUUCGGAACAAGGAAAAUGGAAUGUUUAUGUCAACAAAUGGAAGCCUUGAUGAUAUCAAACUACUGAGAAUACAAGUUAUGGAGGAUACGGGAGCUGAAGAUCAGAUUUGGGUUUAUCACAAAGGAGUCUUUAGAUGUCAUAUUGCUGAAGACUGUACUCUGACUGCUGCUGGGACUGUUAUUACUACUGGAAGCAAGCUUGGUCUGAGCAUUGAACAGACUGGAACAAGCAUGUUAUGGAAUAUCAGCCCGGAUGGCAGGAUCUAUUGUCGAUCAAAGCCCAACUUUGUUUUAGACAUUAAGGGGGGCAACCAGUAUGACCAGCAACAUGUUGUUCUGAAUCCUAUUACAGAAGGCAAGCUUAGCCAGCUUUGGGAAAUAUGUGUGCUAUAACUAGGCACCACUGUGGACUAGAGGCCGGUAUAUUAUAGAACUCAACACUUUUUGGUGCUAUGCACUGUUUUAGGAGCCCCAUAUCCUGCAUAACAUAAUACAUACAAUAAUGUUUACGACACAACUAAGGAUGCAUGGGUGCCGCCUGGCUUCAGAGUGAAAUAACACAUUCAGGACGUUUUCUGAUCCCCUGGAUUUGACUUCUAAACUUGAAGCAUGUGCAAUAAACGGAUCUCUUUCAUGUGAGCCUCUAGCUCAUCUCCAAACAUUGGGGACAACAUGUGGAACCAAAGCUACAGGAGACUAUUUGUGGUGACUGUGUACCGCUGCAGAUUUUUCAUCAUGAAAAGGUUAUAAUCUCCAAAGAUCUGCACUGUUUUAUUGGUGGACACUAAAUUAAAGUGACAGUAUUCACAGACCAACAUGUCGAGGGUAUUACCUAAGAGUAUUCGCUAGCCCUGCAGGUUGUCUAAUUGAAAACACAGCAAUCCAUGAGGCCUCCUUCUAUAUGCAUCAACUUAGCUUGGCUUUUCUUUUAGAACAUGUUCACACCUUUAAAAAAAAUGGACGUUUUAUUUACGGUAAUUUUUUUUAGGCAAUUACGAAAAAAACGGACAGUUGGCUGAAAAAAAGUCCAUAAAUAAAAUACAGCUUUUUUCUUAUGGUGUGAACAUGGCCUUAAUGUAUUUUAUGUGUGUUCUUAUAUGGACUCUGUUAUUUAGAAUGUGUUUUAUUUUGGAUUCUGCCUUUUUUUCUAUAAGUUAGAUCAUCUUGUCUAAGACAUUAUUGGAUCCAUAUAGAAAUAUACCUGUAAUUACGCUCCAUGUAAGAUGAGUUUAGACAGAACUAUAUGCAGUUUAUUGAUAUUAACAAUCCAUAUUAUUGGACAAUGGGUUUUAAUAGUUUGCAUUUUACAUUGACCUUUAUAAGACGAAUGUGCUGCUCUAAAACAUGAUACCGAUGAACAGACAUCUUAUUGUAACUGACAGCCUGUCUUAUUAUGCAUAUAUUGUAGGUGUAAUUUCUAUUGGAAUUUUGGUAAUAUGGGAUUUUUCCUGGCUGCGUGAGUAAGUUGGUGUUUCACCUGCUCUUAUGUGAUUUACAUGACUGUAUUUUAUGCCGGCACUGAUAAUUUCUAUACUGACAUGAACUUGGCACCUUAGGGAGACAAAUAAAAAAGGAAAGAUUUACACUGGAACCUUAAAGCCUUACUUUAGAAUAUUUAAGUAAACCGCAUGUGCCUUAUCAAUUGUACAUUGUUUCAAUAAGGAAGAAUGGAAGUGGUCCCGUAAAGUUCUGAUCUGUUGUUUCUGUAUGUUUCCUAACAUUUGGUGGAUUUUUUUCUACAAAUGCAACAUUUUUGGAAAAUAAAU